CCCUCCAAUCUCCCUACUCCACAACAAGCCCUUAACGUUCAAGGGCACAUGUAGGCAAUCUAAUCUCUGUGUGGCCCUCUCAACUUCAUUGUAUAAGUGCACGUGGAUUUAUGUUUCCAGAGCCGGAGCACUGCAGCUAAAAUGGCUUUAUAUACUACUGGCUUGGCUUGGGCGUCGAUGGAUGUGCGUGGCAACGUCCAAAAUCCAGACCGCUGGUAGGAGUAUCUCGUAGACAUUGAACAACGGCUGCAUGGCGAGCGCCUGCGCCACCUCCAUCCCCCUCGUCUCGGCGCCCUCUGCAUGCCCGUCCAAGAAGACCACCGUCGCCAGGUUCCGGCGCCGCACGGCGACGUGCAGGGCCAGCAGCGGCGGUGGCGGUGGCCGGGGCGGCGAAAAUGAUGGCCUCCUUUGGCUGCCCCGGCGGGACGUGAUGCUCAACGGCCUGUCCAGUGUCGCCGCCGGGCUCGCCUGGUACCCGGGCGUCGCGUCCGGCGCGGAUGCGGUGUGCACCAGGGCCGACAAGGUGAACGAGAAGACCGUGCAGUGCACGGACCCGGCCGGGCAGCUUCCGUGCCCUCUGGUGUCGCCGACGGACCCCGUGGACUUCAAGCCGGAAAGCAAGGUGACGCGCAUCCGGCAGCCGGUGCAUCUCCUGAGCCGGGAGUACCAGGAGAAGUACAAGGAGGCCGUCGCGAAGAUGAAGGCGCUACCGGAAGAGAACCCGCUGAGCUUCGCGGCCCAGGCGGCCAUCCACCAGGCUUACUGCGACGCCUACUACAAGUACGACCCGACGGCCAAGGACGCGCCGUUCGACGUGCACUUCUCGUGGAUCUUCGCGCCGUGGCACCGCAUGUACAUCUACUUCUACGAGCGCGCCCUCGGGCAGCUCAUCGGCGACGACACCUUCGCGCUGCCGUUCUGGAACUGGGACACGCCGGCCGGCAUGGUGGUGCCGCCACUCUUCAAGGACUCCAUGGGCAACCCGCUGUACGACCCCAACAGGAACCCGUCGAACGUCGACGCGCUGGUGGACUUAGACUACCUCAACGACAGGAAUGCGGAGCCCAUCCCUUUCAAGGGCCCACGGGACGAAAAGUACAAGGAACUUGUGAACAAGAACCUGUGCACCGUAUACACCCAGCAAAUACGUAGCGGCAAGGGCGCCGAGUCGUUCCUGGGCGAGAAGUACUGCACCGACAUCGGGUCAAGCACGAGCAGCAUGGGUUCGCUGGAGCGGAUGGCGCACACUGCCGUGCACGUCUGGGUCGGCAAGGCGGGCCCGACGCCUUCCUCGGAGGCGUGCAGUGCCGCUACCGGCGGCUUCCCGAACCACACCAAAGGCGGGUACAGCUGCAACAACGACAUGGGGUUCCUGGGGUCGGCGGGACACGACCCGCUCUUCUACUCGCACCACUCCAACGUCGACCGCAUGUGGCACAUCUGGUCGACCAGGCUCGGCGGCGGGCAGGGCAUCACGGAGGCGGACUGGCUCGACACCAGCUUCGUCUUCUACGACGACGUCAAGAGCCCGCGGAAGGUGCGCAUCAGGUUCCGCGACGUCCUGGACACGCGCGACCUCGGCUACACGUACGACGCCGAGUCCGACAAGGACCUGCCAUGGCUGCGCUGCAAGAUCUCGUCGCUGGUGCCCCACGGCAAGGACAGCCCGCCGAGGUCGUCGUCGGCAAGGAAGGCGGCGCCGGUGUUCCCGCUCGCCCUGACUAAGGGCCAGGUGGUGGAAGUGCCGGCCGUGCCUGUGCCGGCCAAGGACCCGGGGAAGGAGCAGCUGCUGGUGAUCGAGGGCAUCGAGUACGACCCCCAGGCGAACAAUAAGUUCGACGUCGCCAUCAACCUGCCCGCGGACAAAGCGUUGCAGGUAGGCCCACAGUACAAGGAGUACGCCGGAAGCUUCGCCGUCGUGCCGGGCUCCGGCGCCGGGAAGACGCGGAAAGUGAAGCUCUCCCUGUGCAUCACCGAAGUGCUGUUCGAUAUCGACGCUGACGGCGAUAAAACCGUCGACGUCGUUAUCGUGCCGCGCACAAAUGCUAAGAUCACGCUCAACGCUCGCCCCACCAUCAAGAAUCGGAACUAGGAGCUAGUUGCUACUAGUGCUCAUCAAGCACACUGUACGUACGUACGUAUGUACUCGAUCGCGUGGUCAUUCAUCGACCAUCAUCGUUUAUAUGCUGUCACGCACAGCGCGGGCCGGCCGGUAGGGUGUCGGCAAUAAUAAACGCGGCCAGUGUUGCAUUAUUGUGUGUUUUAUUUCACAAGGAUUAGGAGCGAGCCAAUGGUAGAUUCUAAGGAAUAAAUAACAUUGUUAUGAAUGAUAUGGUUAUGUUUUAGAGA